GUUCCCCCUCCCUGUGCACUAGUACUUCCCUCUACUCGGGGAUCUGUGUACAGCUUUCAGUGUGAAGAAGGGCUGUCUACAACAUGAUUGAUGCCAUAAAACCUGUGGAAGAGUGUUAGCUAGUGAAGAGUAACUACAUAUCCCCACAUCAGAAGAAGCCAUGGACAUCUGGGAUGGAUGGAAUAUUAUAGAAGAUGAUGAGACUCGGCAGUUCUGCCAGCACCUCCGUCGGUGUGAAGAUCACUUCCUGAGGAUGACGUAUGAAUAUUUCCAGGAGGAUCUGCUCCACAUUGUGGAGAACAUGAGUCUUCCAUCACUUCUCCGUGAGUUACAGUCCAGAAAACUCCUUGAUACUGAGAAAUACCACAGUCUAGAAGAUGAUAGAAGAAGAUUGGCGCGGACUUUACUACAGGAUAUAUGUCUCAGAGGAAGAGAAGCUGUGAUAGGAUUGUGGGUCAGUCUGUAUGUAUUACGGAGACGUCAUGGUUCCCCGAGCCUGGACGCUGUACUGGAGGAACUCCGUCAUAGAGAGACUAUCGGCAGGCUGAAUAACGCACACACUAGCCACGGAUCUUUGUAUUGCAUUUUAGGUGACUCUCUGGUGGAGCAAAUCCUUCUGGAUGAACAUGGACACCAACUGUCCCCACAACUCAAAGAUUUCCAGAUCCGUCACAAGAAACAUUUACAUGAAAGAACUGAGAAACUUCUAGAGAACAAACCUCCAAGAUGUGACCAGCGAGAGGAGAGUUUUCCAUUCUCUACACGUUAUGUCAACCUCAUCAUUGUCUCCACUGAUCACUUCAGAGAACGCUCUCAGAAUGAGCUCAUAGAGACCGGGGUAAAACAUGAGGAAUACUUAAAGAGAAAACACAAUGAAUUACUACUCAUUUCCCCCAACAAACUGUUCCGCUGGUGCCACCGUUCCAAACAAGUGCCACGUAUGGUAAUGGUGUGUGGAGUGCCCGGUGCAGGGAAGACCACACUGAUGCAGAAGGUUGUCUAUGACUGGGUGAAGGGGGAUCUCUAUCAAAGAUUCUCCUUUAUCUUUUUCUUCAAAUUCCGAGAACUCAACAGACUGGAUAAAGUUAGUCUGGACACUCUAAUCCUUCAUCAGUACCCAUAUCUGGAGGAGCAGCUUAGUAACAUCUUACAGGAACCAGAAAAACUUCUCUUUAUAUUUGAUGGUUUAGAUGAAAGUCUUCAUAACAUGGAUUUCACAUCACGUCACUUGUGCUCUAAUCCUUAUCUGCCUGAACCUUGUGGUCAGAUUGUGGUUAGUUUGGUGAGAAAGUCUCUUCUUGAUGGUUGUUCUGUCCUAAUGACCAAUCGUCCAACCAGAUUGGCAUUAAUUGAUUGUAGAGUUUUUCAGCGAAUAGUACAAAUUAUUGGGUUUUUACCAGAAGAACGACGGAUGUACUUUGACAAUUUCUACUCCAACCCUGAACUGGCGGAAAAGGCUUUUAAUUAUGUGAAGCAGAAUGACACCCUGUACACGUUCUGUUACCUCCCGUCCUACUGCUGGAUCAUCUGUACAGUAUUAUCCAGGAGCUUCCAGCCAACAAGUAGAGAUCAGCCAAUGUCAUUAUUACCCAAAACCGUCACCCAGCUCUUUGCGAUAUUUGUCGCCAACAUCCUGUCCAAUCACAGCCUGCACAAAAGUGACGCUCAGAAGAUCCUGCAGUCCAUGGGAUGGAUGGCAGAACAUGGAGUCAUGAAUCACAGGAUUAUCUUUGAUGAACGAGAUCUUGAUUGUUUCCAUGUGGACAAUAAGUCAAAGCUCUUAUCAAGUUUUCUGAUGGAAUCGGGGGAACCUGUGUCCUAUUCCUUCUUACAUCUCACAGUUCAGGAAUUCUUCUCUGCCUUGGUGCAUUAUGUAGAUUAUUCUCCUGAGAAGUUACAGAAAUCACUAAAAGAUGCCAAAUCCUAUCCUGAUGGACGAGGUGAGAUGUUUCUCCGUUUCCUGUGUGGUCUAUCAGACGGCUCCACCAGGUCAAUGCUAACUGGAUACCUGAACAGACAAGCAGUUCAUACAUCUAUAGAUGUCAUCACUUGGCUAAAGAACUUUAUUCUAGAAGAGAGGCCAAUGGAAAGUAAGGACAACAAGCGGCGUCUUCUCAGUACAUUUUUCUAUCUGUAUGAAUCCCGGAAUAAGGCUCUGGUGCUGGAAUCGCUACAAUCACACAGAAGUCUUGACUUCUCUCAUGUUCGUAUGUCGGCUCUAGACUGCACAGUGUUGGCAUUUAUUCUGGACACCUGCACAAAUAUAGAAAAACUCUAUCUAUAUGGAUGUUCCUUAGACAAUGAAGGAUUAGAAAGACUUGCUCCAGGAUUACAUAACCUGCAGACUCUGAGAUUGGCUAAUAAUGGUCUACCAGACACUUCCUGCAUCCAGUUGGCAUCUGUAAUAAGGAAUAACCCGUCCCUGAAGAGACUUGUCCUGUCUGCUAACCGUCUGUCUGGUCCUCACUUCAGUGACUUGAUGGAGGCUCUGUCCAGUCCGGCCUGCAGGAUAGAGACAUUACGUUUGGGUAAUAAUGAUCUACCAGACACUUCCUGCAUCCAGUUGGCAUCUGUAAUAAGGAAUAACCCGUCCCUAAAGAUACUUGUCCUGUCUGAUAACCGUCUGUCUGGUCCUCACUUCAGUGACUUGAUGGAGGCUCUGUCCAGUCCGGCCUGCAGGAUAAAGGAAUUACGUCUGGAGCUCAAUGAAUUAUCUGAAGAGGAGAAGGAGGCCCUAGGAAAACUGGAAAAGCAGAAACCAAAUAUGGAGAUCAUUUACUGAACUGAGAAGAAGCCGGAUUCCUGUCUGUGAUGAGAAGAUAACAGGACUAGGCUUGACCGAAUCAAGCUUCAGAUCAUAGAUACAAAGUCAAUUAAAGAAAAUAACUUUUUGUUUGCAACGCUGUUUCCAUACAGCAUUAAAAUGUAUGGGCUCUGUGUAGCAAAUCUUCGUCUCGGCCUGAAGUCACGCGAGUCUUCGGUGAAUGACUACGGUAUUCUUCUCUGUCUAUUUAAAAACAGUAUAAAUUAGGAAUCUGAAGUGGACCUUGGUAGCGAGGUACCAGCCGGUACCAAAGACGACUUCGGAUUGAUAUUUUAAAAUGUUUUAAAAUACACAGGUAGGAAUACCGUAGUCAUUCACCGAAGUCUCACGUGACUUCGAGCGAGAAAAAGUUUUGCUAGACGGCGUGUGCUAUCCACAUCCGUAUGUCCGUUCCGUAGCCCCGCAAAAAAUAUAAAACGUGUCCUAUUCUUGUCUGUCUUGCUGACAAGGAUAGGCAUUGUUACAAUGGAUCCGCAAAACACAUACGGUCGUGUGAAUGUAUCCUUACAGUACACCUCACACAGUACCUCAUAAAGUAUACAGUACACAUCAUACAGUACACAUACAAUACACAGUAUAUAUCAUGCAGUGCACAUAUAAUACACAGUAGACAUCAUAUAGUGCACAUAGUUACCCAGUAUAGGGGUAAUAGUUACCCAGUAUAGGGGUAAUAGUUACACAGUAUAGGGGUAAUAGUUACACAGUAUAGAGGUAAUAGUUACACAGUAUAGAGAUAAUAGUUACCCAGUAUAGGAGUAAUAGUUACCCAGUAUAGGAGUAAUAGUUACACAGUAUAGGGGUAAUAGUUACACAGUAUAGGGGUAAUAGUUAUCGCCCUACACAAGACGAUAGGUUGAAAAAUAAAAGAAAUGUAACUUUCAGAAAAUUAAAACAUGAUUAAAAAUGCUUUAUUAUGUAAAAUUUAAAUAUAAAAAUACACAUAAACAAAAAAUAAAAACUGUGCCACAACAGCCAUU